AUGGUUAGAGACGAUCUAUACAUCACCGUUCCAAGUUUCUUCCGCUGCCCCAUAUCCCUCGACGUCAUGAAAUCCCCUGUCAGCCUCUCCACCGGCGUUACCUACGACCGCGCCAGCAUCCAACGCUGGCUCGACAACGGCAACAACACCUGUCCCGCCACCAUGCAGGUUCUCCAAACCAAGGAAUUCGUUCCUAACCGAACCUUACAGAGGCUCAUCCAGAUCUGGUCUGACUCGCUUCACCACCAACUCCACUCGCCUCCCUCCCCUACCUCCACUCUCCCCUCCAAGGACCAAAUCCUCGUCGCUAUCUCCGAAUUGCAGACUCGCGCCGACAACCGCUUCGACUCGCUCGCGAAAAUCGCGCGGUUCGCGCAGGAGUCCGAGGAGAACCGCGAUUUUCUCGUCAGAACGGAAUGCUUCGUGCCGCUGCUGGUUGGCUUCCUCGACAAUGUCAAUGGCGGCGUCGAGUUCCUCGAACAGGUUGUUACGGCGUUGGAUUUGGUUAUCGGCAAAAUGGAAGAUCGGGAGGGGCUGAAAAACUUGAUACUGAAGAGGCCGGGCGAGGGAGAUAAACAGAGCGUGGAUUCUCUGCUUCUCGUUCUGCAACAAGGAAGCCAGGCCGCACAAAUCGCAUCGGCUAGGGUUUUGAAAUCCGUCGCGGUGGACGUUGAAUCGAAGCUGUUGAUAGCGGAGAAGGAAGGCUUAGUGUCCGAAUUGCUGAAACUAAUCACGCCGGAGAAAGAUCCGGAUCUAGUUGAGAACUGUUUGUCGUUCCUGGUCGCGAUUUCGUCUCCGAGACGGAGCAAGAUGAAGCUGGUGCGUCUUGGAGCGGUUAAGGUGUUAUCGAAGCUCCUUUCGGCUUCGAACAUGAGUGUGUCCGUGACGGAGAAGGUUCUGAAGUUGGUGGAAACGGUGUCGUCUACGAAUGAAGGGAGGUCGGAGAUAUGCGAGGAUUCAGCGUGCGUGGCGGCGAUAGUGAACAAGGUGCUGAAAGUGUCGAGCGUGGCAACGGAACACGCCGUUACGACGCUUUGGAGCGUUUGUUAUCUGUUUCGGGAUCAAACGGCGCAAGAAGCCGUUACGAAGGCUAACGGCUUGACCAAGAUUCUGCUUCUGAUGCAGAGUAAUUGCUCGCCGCAAGUUCGCCAAAUGUCUGCGGAUUUGCUCAAGAUAUUUCGGGUUAAUUCUAAGUCGUGUCUUUCAUCUUAUGACACCAAAACCACUCAUAUUAUGCCCUUUUGA